AUGGCCGACGUAAGUUACGGUUAUAGUCUCGCGAAGUCCUUGACUCUAGCUGCCAGUGUUCACUGUACUGGUAGUGUGGAAAGUGUGCGUGAAGUCUGUGAAAAUCUUUGGUCUACCUGCCAAAUGCUGGGUUCUGGCUCCUGUUCCCGAGAUACCCUUAUUAAAUCGUCUCAAAAUGAAAUCAUCGCGGAAGAGCUUGUGUCAUACCAAAAGAGCUUCAUCGAGUUUUUCUGUUCCCUCGGAGAAAUUCAUAGCGACAAAGCUCCUUUAUUAGCAGUAUGGCAAGCUGAAUUCGGUGGGUGGAAAUAUCUAGAACCCCUUCUCGUGUCUCAUUACGCGGAUAUUUUUUCUAUUCUCUUUGCAAAUGUGUACGCAUUCAGCUCCAAGAAUACGUGUGACUUCACGGGCGUUUUGCUUCUCAAGGACUUGCUAAAUUCUUUACAAGUGUCCGAACAUCCCGAUAUCAUUGUUCACUAUAUUCGGCUUCUAACAAUCGGUACUCCGAGCACUCUUUUUUUGGUAACGCGCAAUGCUCCCUUGAAAUUGGCAUCCUCUUUUAUUUGCCUCUGUGUCAACUUGUGCGUUCCUCUCCGUCAUCUGAUAUCUUCUGGGGGCAUAUACCUCCUGGCAGACACGUAUAUUCGAGUUUGGGAAGAAAGCACCGAGAAUUUGUUGACUGCGGGUGUGCUGGUUAAUCUCCAUGGUUCGAUUUUGGAAGUUUUUGCCGAGUCCGAAGAACCAAUACCAAACUAUACAGAUAUUGCAUUCGUCAUUCAGGUUUUUUCGGAGGCCGCAUGUAAAAACCCUUUUCGUCUUAGAUUUCGGUCUGCGAUGCUCCUAUCCUUGAUUUGCCCUUGUUUGAACAUGACAUCACAAUUGCGCAACAUUGCUCAAGUUUCGAUAGCCAUUGAACUUUCUUCUGCAUAUAUCCGCUUAGUUAGCGGUCUCAGCGACCCAGAAGCCGUUUGCGAAGCAUUCAAUGCCCUCUCGUCCCUAGACCGUAUAAUAGCAACUGUAGCUGUUUCUUCGACUGCCAUAAUUCGUGUCAUUGAUGCAUUUGCUGAAUACCUUACGACCCCUGAUCCCAUCUUGUGUAGCGCCUAUCCGUAUGUCUGCUCCACCAUUGUUAACACCAAGAGGAGCCUGUUGGAAUCUCUUAUGCGGUGCUACCUUCAACUCACCCUGCGUUGUCUUCAAGUUGAUUCGGAAGCUUUGCACUCCUCGUUCUACCUUUCCCUUUGGGCUCGUCUUUGGAGUGUUUUGUCGCGAACACGCGGCGGGACUCCUGUUUCCCAAUUAGCCCCACUCACCCUGCGCUUUGAUUCCCUGCUUCGGUCUCUUGCCGCAGUGGCAGAGAAUCUUUUAGUCGAAGCCUCCAGCUUACCCGUGGAUCUACGGGGUUGUCUGCUUGGAGUUUUGUCUGACCUUAGUUGUGAGUUAGGUAACUUUUCAACUGCAAACAUACCGUUCCAUUGUGCUGAUCUUGCGAUUCUGGAUAGCCUUAUUUCCCUUUCUUCGGGUCUCCGAACCGAAAAUCAGAAGGAAUCUCAUAAAUUGCCAGAAGAAUUGGACAGUGAGCAAGUUGAGCACACGUUAUCCGUCCCAAUGUCGUAUUAUCUUGCAGAAGAGGAAAAACUACAAUCCAGGAAAAAGCCGCAGGUUGAAAAACACAUCAGACUUUUUUUCUUCAUUUUCAAUCGGUUUCUUCAUUCUUGUCACCUUAGGAAGCCCGACGAAAUUACCAUAUUAAAAAGAUUUCUUCUUAUACUCAGACAACUGCGUCAAUCUCCACCGGCUGAUCUUCCCUCAUCCAAUGAUCCACAAAUCCGGGCCUGGUUAUCCGACAUAGCCUCUGAUGGCUUGCGAUUGCUCCGAUCACUUGAACUCGCAAAAUGCAAUGACUCAACUAAGUUUGACGUCCUUCUUGACCUUUUGGAAGCUUUGUGGACAGGUGGUAAAAAAUGGUCAAUAUCUGCGCUUGUUGAAGCUACUAAUGUCCAGAUCAGCGGUUUGCUUCGAUUGACAAAGAGGGCAAAGUUCUGCGGAAUUAAGCUUCGGUUACUUCGUUUGUUAACGAAAUGGUCUUGCCGCACGAACCCUCUGGAACCCGAACACUAUCUUGAAUGGCCUCGCUAUUUCAGCAUCCCCUGGCCUACCGCUUUCAAGUCGUCCCGAAUUGGAAUUCCUCCUGCUGUGCCAACAUUUCAAUCCUUUGCUUUUGCUCGAUCUAGUAUCUCAUUAGAACACUGGGGCCAAACCCCUGAUAAUCCUCUCGAUGACCCUCCCACUUCAACAAUCUGGCCCUCACACAUCAGUCGGCGUUCGGCCAGCUAUCAAGAGAAGCCAGCAAGUGUUAUGAGCUCGACUGCGCCUUUUUGUGCAAGUCCCAAUGGCGUGGUUGUAUCGUUGUGGUACAAAUUCAAUGCCGUGGGUGGCCCUAAGCCACGGUUCGAUGCCAGUGCCCCGAUUUCGGAGUCCGCUCUUGGUGCUUUGGCCUCGCGAGGGGACGUUCUUCACAUGCUAACAUUAGAAGAGUCCCAAAUCGAUACGCGAACAUUGCGGACGGAUGCCUCAAAUAUUUGUGCUGAUCAAUCUGCCGCGACUUUCACUCCUUCACACGUUGGAAAUAAACCUUCCUUCAGUUGUUGGUCUAUCGAGAUCUGGUUAGUUCCUGGUUCAAGAGGUAUCUUUACUCGAAUUAGACGACGAUGCAGAUUCGAAAAGGAAUAUUUCGUGCCGGACCAUUGCCACGGCGAUUCUUUUGCAUAUGUUCUCUCUUCUGAUGUCUACUUUCCCAACGUGCUAGACCCCAAUGAUUGGGGGCAUAUGUUAUUUAGUCUUUUAUGGAAUAAGAACACCACGAGUUCCCUCACAGGAAUGGUAGCUACCACAAUAAAUGGAACACUGUAUAGGGAGAAGGAGUUCACCUUGUUCCCGGUGUUGUUACCCUCAUGCAUAACCGGAACCCAAUCUACGCGUUACACACAUCACCUCAGAACUCGACUUGUGACGACUCCGUGUUCAUUGAGUCUAUGGAUGGGUCAUGAUAUUGUGAUGCUUGAAAAUUCGGGAAAGCUGGUUGCUAAGGCACCGUUUAUUUUCACUGGAGGAUUUCUAGUCUUUUCUGGCGAUGUUCUUAAGCACCUCGUUCUCUGCGCCGAAGGACUUCAAGCCCAGUUGAAAGACUUAGCUCUGUGUCUUGCUCUCUGUGGGCCAUCGUGGGACGGAACUCCACCAGUUGUCUCAGCGGACUCCAGGAUAGCGUUUGCGACUAAAGGUCGAUUCUACCUCCGUGCUCUCCUCCAUCGCUUGCGUCCCAAAUUUGUCGGCCGUUUGUUUUCGCGCGGUCAAAGAAUGCUUAAUUCAGGCUCUGUAGCAUGGGUCCGUACCUUGUGUAGAUUGGCCAAGCACAAUCUUUUGAUUACCACCGGAUGUCCGUCAUUAUCAGUUGUUAACUGGACAGUGCGUAUUCCUUCAAACCAAGGCUUACCUGCUUCGUCACCUGCCACGGAGUAUUCUAACGAACCCCCAAGCUCUCCGGAAAGGAAUGUUUAUUCUACUUAUCCCAAAAUCUCCACGUCGUUGUGGAUGGCCGAUCCGGUGGCAAACGUUGAUAUUGAAGUCACUCCCUCCAGCCUAUCCCCCAUGUCGAAGUGUGGCAUCGAUGGUGUCGUUGCUUCACUUGGUGGGAUUGAUUUUGCCUCUUAUCUUACUGGAUCUGUGCUGACCGAGUAUUCGUGUCUCAAGUCCAACGAUGAGCAAACUUAUCUCUUAACGGACCCGGAACUGGUGGUCUGUCAGUUGUCGUUUUCGUCGUCCGAAGGUCUUCCUGCACUCCUAAACUCCUUAAGCGAAUGUUUCUGUACUAAAAGCGUCAGAAACACCCAUGUUUUGGCUUGCAAUAUCGCCACCUGUGAUAGAUUUGGUUUGGUUGAAACUGCUUUGACUGGUUUUCGCCUCUGUUUUUCUACAUCGGACGAACUUCUUCACUGCACCGGAAUUCCUCAAGAGUUCGAAGCAUCUCUUGCGGCGUUGGGUCGCCUAGUAUCGAAACGGUUAGCCGUUUGUCCUUCAUCUGUCCCUUUGCUCACCUCUCUGCUUCACACACUCGUCUCCGUCGAUCCGGACCUAUAUCACUCCGCAGCUACCCGUGCCUUCGGUGCUAAGGAUCGUCAAAUAUCAGCGAGAAUAGACCUCGUCUCUCUUGCUCAGGUCCACAAGGCAUUUGUUCUGUCAACUACAUUGACAUCUAGUUUCGGCCAAGCGUCCCUUGGAAAAGAAUGUGUUUCUCAGAUGUCUGGUCUCUUCGACUCAACCCCAACCCAAUCGAUAUUCAAAGAUGACGAAGAUGCCGAAAUCCUGGAAGACGACGAACGUUCACCUGUUGCAUCAACAUUAACAUCUUACAAAACACCGCCUGCUACGCUAUUAACUCUCUCCACACCUAUUCCCUGGGUCUCUUUACAGCCUGCUCUUGCUCUGGAGGGAGCUAGUAGAGCUGAGGCCGAAACUUUGGCUAAAUUCAGAGAGAAUCUCCGCGAGAAUGACCAAAUGAGUUCUUAUAAACCAUCUACUCUUUUUGACUCUUGUCACAAUUUGGCGGAUUUUGUAGGCCUUGAUGUUGGCGAAGAUACUCACUCGUCCUCUAGGCUAUGUUCCGCAACAAUGGACAUUUUUCUAUCAAUCAGAGAUGAAACACACCAUCCCGGAGACAGUGAUACACUUUGUGGCAUUGGUCAACAAACGCCUGUAAUUUCGUCAAUGCAGAUCGUUCAAAGGCGACGUCUUUCUGCCCUAAUUCUGUCCUGUCUUGUCGAGUUCUGGCAAAUAAGAAGAGAACAGGAAUUUUGUAUUGAUUCGGAAUCGAAUUCGAUACUUUCUGCCCCUCCGUUCUGGCUCGUUUAUCACCUCGCUGGUCAUCCUUGUGUUAGGUUUCGAGAGCAGGCGCUCUCCUUGUACUGCAGUUUGCUCAGUACACCUGCUCGUCACGGACACAAUAAUGCGCUUGGAAAGCUUAACGGGGCCGACUAUGACCGAAUACUAGCGAAACAAUUUCUUACCGAAGCCUCUUUUAUCACCUUUCCAUGUUGCUCGUCGACGACACAGGUAGGUUCGACUGUGGCUUCUCAUGAAACUGACGGCAUAGGGCAGCUUGCAACUUCUUCUACCUUCUUGUCAUUGGAUGGAGAAAAGCAUCUGACAUCUGUUCUCAUUGCCCUAUCGUUACUUGCGUCUUCUUUAGUGGAUACCAUAGCUCUUCAACUUGUCUCGAAUGAACGGCCAAAUGACUCCGUUUUUUCGACAGCAGUGACUAACUUGCAGAAGGUCCAUUUGGACAGACUCGCGAGCUUUUUCGCCUCUGCAAAGGUGAAUCGAGUUGUAAUGGCCUCCCUGCGGGAUCCGUUUGCGUUGAACAUUAUGGUAGAAAUGGCUUUUUUGCUGCAAUCUACGUGCUUCGAUGGUGCCACUAAUGUCAAUUAUGAAAGGCACCAUGAAAUUGGCAACUUGAUUUCUCGAAUUUUGGGUUCUGCUAUUUCCGCAACUGAAAAUCAAAUUGAGUUUAAAGAUGUAGUGGCUACAAUACGGCAUUUACGAGGUGGUGGCUUCGAUGGCGAUUCUUCCGACAGCAAUGCUUCCAAUCGAACGUGCAUUGUCCGUGAGAUGCUACUCCGCGCCCUUCUCUCGCUUCUCGGCCGCAUUUGUCGUGAAAUUAACGACGGACAUUCUGAUGCUACAAACAUUCAGUCCCAACUCUAUUGGACCGCCAAUAUUGCUGUGGACACUCUUAUGUAUAAGGGGGGGAACUUUCGUAUCAACCCACUCAGUGCUGAUCCACCAAUCGCUGGUUGUCCUCAGUUAAAUACCAUUCGUCUUCUGGAGAAAUCUAUCAUAGCACUCUUCGUGAAUUCAACUUCUCACGCCAUGCGAAAGGGUAAAAACAUCAUUUACGUAACAUUUUCGGGCUGUCUACUACGUCUUCUGCAUGCCUGGUGCGAGGCCUUCGUUGAAAACUUGACAAUUUCAGUGACUGGUCAUUGGCUAUUGCUUCUUCUAGCCCAGGAACCCAAUAUCAUCAGUGGAAAAGCUGAUGCUCAUUUGCUUCUCGAAGUCAAGAAAAAUCUUCAGAUGCUUGAUGCAAUUCUCCCUAUUCCAUGUGGUCAGCCAUGCUUAGUUUGGUGGCACCAAGAAGGAAAUGAUAGUGAUUCAUUCGCCCACCGCCAUGUCGAAUCGCCUACUUCAGAUGCCAUCACCUGUUGUGAGAGAAACUAUCGCGCUUACGAAAGGACUUCAGAUGCCGUGAGCAAAUUACUUGAAUGGGUGGAGAAACUGUGUGUAGACCUUAAUCCACGUGUCUUCAGUCGACUACAGUCCGUGUCAACUGACUCUCUGCCUUCUUCGCUGAUACACAAUCCGCUUUCACAUUUUCAAAUUCAACGAAGUUCCUCGCCAAUCCCGGUCUCACGCCAGUUUGAACAUUAUGAAGCUGCUGAGCCGUAUCACUUAGUUUCUCAGUACUCAGACCAAUCCUAUUGGCUGUCACCUUUAAGUGAGGCUAAUGAGAAGGGCCAACUCCGCUGGUCAACUCUUGUCUCCCAACGCAAGCACCUACUCACUGUGAUGGCGCCGUUCUACUGGAUGCAGUUAGGAGGAUGCUUGAGUCAUGAAUGCUCCGUCUUUUGUGACGAUGUCUCAAAGCCCGCCUUUUCGCAUGUAGACGCUUUCGAAACCGAGUCAAGACAGCGUUGUAGGAGGCGUCCAGCAAUUAUGUGGAUUGACGACCGUUUUGUGAGAGUUUCAUCGACAAGCACCCUUGGCCAGCACCUUAAAGAUCACCCCCUUACUGGCCUGAUGAUGCAACGGUACGCAUGCACUCCCCUAAGAGGACAGGCGAGGAAAAAAUGCCAAUUGACACCACGUGCCCACUUCCAUCCUUCUUCUCAAGCUCUCUUCUCACCACCCUCAGUAGCCCUUUCAGGAAAGUGUCUUGGUGUCUGGCCUUGCCAAUUAAUUGAAAUCUCCAAUCCUGCUCCGCUAAACGGUGACCUCACGCUGGAUGCCAAUUGGAUCCAUCUGGUUCUUAAUAACGCUGGUCCAUCAGAUUUCAAUAUGGAGCAAAUCACUUGUGGUGGUACCAAUGCUCCUAUUCACGGUCUCGGCUGUGAUGUUGAUCAAAGUGAGGUAAUAACCUGUCCCCUACAUGAAAUCUCUCGAGUGGAGGAGAGGAGAUUCGAGCUCCGUGACCUGGCUGUGGAAUUGUUCUUUGAGGGAACGUGCAGCGUCCCUCCCUUAAUGAUUGCAUUUCGAUCCACUAAGGAGCGAAACAAUUUCGUUAUAAGCUUGGUCGACGCCUGUGCCCUGCUUCAUCCUCGUCCACGCACCGAGUGGUGGCGCGUCGAGGGUGGACGGAUGACGUUUUUUACGCCUAAUUCAUCCGUCAGGUCCGGUCGCUAUCCAAUGCUCUCGUUGCGUGGCCUCUGUGAUGCUCUUGUGGUACCCUUCACAACACCUUUUAUUGGGCCAGCUAUGCGCUCUCGCCUGCUGGACGCUCAAGUCUCCUGGAUACGAGGUCAGAUGUCGAAUUUCGACUACUUAAUGGCGCUCAACACUGCAGCUGGAAGGACUUACAACGACCUCACUCAGUACCCCAUAUUCCCAUGGGUUAUUGCCGAUUUUGAGAGCCCAAUACUCGAUUUGACGAUGACGUCCAAGAGUUUUCGGCGACUAGAUCGGCCUAUCUCAGUUCAGACUGACGCUCGUGCUGAAGCAGUUUUAAGGCACUAUGCAGAUCUGAACACUCAACUUUUCGAAGCAGAGAACUCUGGGGAUGAGAAUCAGCGGAGUUUACUCUGUCCUGCUUUCCAUUACCCAUCCUUCUGCUCAAACGAGGCAAUUAUUCUUCACUUCCUCUGUCGAUUGAUCCCUUAUGCCUUCCUUCUCAUCCAAUUUCAAGAUGGUAAUUUUGACGCCCCCGAUCGGCUCUUUAAUUCGGUCGCUUCUGAAUGGGCAAUGGCUACCAAUUCUGUAGCAUUCGUCAAGGAACUGGUUCCAGAAUUCUACUUCAGGCCAGACAUAUUUGUGAAUUGGGAAAACUUUGCACUUGGUGUUCGACAGGAUGGUGAAAUUGUUGAUUCGGUUAAGUUGCCCCCAUGGGCCAAGGGUGACCCAAGACUGUUCGUCCUCGUUAAUCGGGCCGCCUUGGAGAGCCCCUACGUCACUGCGAACUUGCCCGAUUGGAUCGACCUUACUUUUGGCUAUAAACAGACCGGACGUCAGGGUGAACGAGCAAUCAAUCUCUACCAUCCAUUCGUCAGUAGUUUCUAUUCUGUCAAAUCCCAUUUCUGGCUUAACACGUACUUUGGUGCAGUCGAUGUUGACGCCAUUGAGGAUCCAUUGCGACGUGCUGCCGUGCAAUCUAUGAUUCGUAACUAUGGUCAGGCGCCUCGACAACUCUUCCCCAACCACCCGCAUCCCCGUCGCAUCAUUUCUCACUAUGUGAGCACCAAACCGGGUAGCCGUAAACGCCCCGACUUCUUGGGUCUCUCUAGAUUAAUCGGGCUCAUUCUCGCGCACAGGGGGGCACUUUCCACCCAGGAAGCAGAUCUGGUGCAAAUGCCACAACACACGCUGGGGUCACCGAUCUCCACAAUUAAGUCCCCCUUGUCAGGUGUAAGCGAACAAUGCCCCAGUCAAAAUGUGUCCGUAUCUACCUCCGUGAAACCACUCACUGCUGGCGCUCCUCUGGACACGCUUGGCAUCAGUUGGUAUGCCAACCUCCGGGGAGGUUCUCAGACCUACCGCCUUCUCAGCACCUGUUCAGACCAAUCCCUCUCUCACUGGACUAUCCUAGUGACGGUGGCCUCUGCUUCAUUGUUUCUUCUGCAAGUCCCCUCCUAUCCUCUGCUGCUCGUCAAAGUCUCGCUUUCCCCAAAUUUUAUCAGCUUGUUUGCUAGGCGUUUUGUCGACGCUGCUGAGUUGUAUGCGACGACAAUUCCGUUGCCAUUUGUGGGAGAGGAAGCCUCUGCUUUUCUUGUUGUUCACUCCGUCGGGACGAGGCCUCUGACUUGCAGUUCUCAGCUUCACCUUAUUAUAGGAACCGCUGGCGGUGGUUUAUUUGUGCGAACAGUCUCUACUGAGGAGCUUUUGUGCGGAUUUAUUGGCAGCGGCAGUGGCGACAAACACCAGGCACGCCAUCGAAAUUUGACCACAUCUCACUCAUUGUCAGAUACUGAUGACGACUUGACAGAAUAUGCUACAGCCGACGAACGACGUUUAUUGAUGAACUCUGAAUUCCAUCAUCAUGCCUGUCGACAACACUGGUCUUCCUUUCUCCGUGUAUCAGUUGGUUGGCGAUGCUUAAUUGGGCACAUUGGAGUUCGAAUUGUUUGCAUAGCCUCUUGUCCCCAGCACGGGUUAGUUGCAAGCGGAGACGCACAAGGCCGCGUGAUCGUCUGGGACACUGCUUCAACAGCUUUCAUUACUCGUUUGGAUAUGGAUGAAAGCAGUGACGAUUUUAUGGGUGUCUGUGGCCUGGCAUUCGAUCAGGCGUCAGGCGACCUUCUGGUGGCUAGGGCUGGACCUCGUGGACUUAACGAGAUUUGGAUCGGCCUGUUCACAGCUGACUGUCGUCAGAGUUGCAGCAGGUUGCUCGACUUCCAAGCAGAGACGGGUUUCCCCACAAGCACAACCUUUUCUCGUAUCCCAAACCCCCUGGCGGCCCUGCCAAUUCUGUUCUCCGACAGUCAGGGCUGCGAGGUGGGUUGCAUUCUGAUCGGUGGUCCAAAUGGAUGCCUCGUUUGGCUCAGUAGUUGGACCCUCGACACGGUCUCCAUAAUGCUCUUGGAUCAACCUUCUCCCUGUCCCAUUGCCGCCUUAGCGUUUGCUCCACCUUCGCCCAAUCGCAUAAGACCAACCGAUUUCGCUCAGUCGACCUUUCAUCCUGGAAAAGGAGAACAAAACCACAUGGACACCACCCUUUACAUAAUCGACUCUCAGGGUUGGAUGUACUUCCUUGAGUCCGGAGCCAGGAAGCCGCCUCGGCGACUCAGGCCUCGAGUUAACAAUAGUUGCAGCUCCCUACUCAGACAAGACCACCCACAGGGCGACGAUUCCCUCAUUCUACCCGGUAUGUGGCUGUGA